CGCCGCCCGGAACCCGGCAGCCCGGCCAGACCCGCUGAGACCGCGACGCCGGCGUCAACAGCGGCUGCGACGGCCUUGGGAGCGCGUGAGGCUCCGGGGUCGCGGCGGCGAUUGGCCGGCCCCGGCGCCCGCUCCCAGAAUGCAGCGCAUGGCGCGUCAUUGAAGAGAGACCAUGAUGGCGGCGGCGCUGGGGCCCCCAGAAGUGAUCGCUCAGCUGGAGAACGCGGCUAAAGUUCUCAUGGCACCACCUUCCAUGGUCAAUAAUGAACAACGCCAGCAUGCAGAGCACAUAUUCUUAUCAUUUAGGAAAUCAAAAUCACCAUUUGCAGUUUGCAAGCAUAUUUUGGAAACUAGUAAAGUGGACUAUGUCCUUUUUCAAGCUGCCACAGCCAUAAUGGAAGCAGUUGUCCGAGAGUGGAUUCUCUUGGAAAAAGGUAGCAUCGAGUCUCUGCGAACAUUCCUUUUAACCUAUGUCUUACAAAGGCCCAACCUUCAAAAGUAUGUUCGGGAACAGAUUCUACUAGCAGUAGCAGUAAUUGUAAAAAGAGGAUCAUUAGAUAAAUCAAUUGACUGCAAAAGCAUUUUUCAUGAAGUCAGCCAGUUGAUAAGCAGUGGCAAUCCCACUGUGCAAACUCUGGCCUGUUCUAUUCUGACUGCACUAUUGAGUGAAUUUUCAAGUUCAAGUAAAACUAGCAACAUUGGAUUGAGCAUGGAAUUCCAUGGUAACUGCAAAAGAGUUUUUCAGGAAGAAGACCUUCGUCAGAUCUUCAUGUUAACUGUUGAAGUUCUGCAGGAGUUCAGCAGGCGGGAAAACCUCAAUGCUCAGAUGUCUUCAGUAUUUCAGCGUUACCUUGCACUUGCCAAUCAAGUCUUGAGCUGGAACUUUCUUCCUCCAAAUUUGGGCAGACAUUAUAUAGCUAUGUUUGAAUCCUCGCAAAAUGUGCUAUUGAAGCCAACAGAGUCCUGGCGGGAGACUCUUCUGGACAGCAGAGUUAUGGAACUUUUCUUCACAGUACAUCGAAAAAUCAGAGAAGAUUCAGAUAUGGCACAAGAUUCUCUACAGUGCCUUGCCCAGUUAGCUUCUCUUCAUGGACCCAUCUUCCCUGAUGAAGGAUCACAAGUUGAUUAUCUAGCACACUUCAUUGAGGGAUUACUGAAUACUAUCAAUGGAAUUGAAAUAGAAGAUUCUGAAGCUGUGGGAAUCUCCAGCAUUAUCAGCAACCUGAUAACUGUGUUCCCACGAAAUGUUUUAACUGCCAUUCCAAGUGAACUUUUCUCCUCCUUCGUUAACUGCCUCACACACCUCACUUGUUCUUUUGGGCGAAGUGCUGCAUUGGAAGAAGUGCUUGAUAAAGAUGACAUGGUAUACAUGGAAGCAUAUGAUAAAUUGUUGGAGUCCUGGCUAACUUUGGUUCAAGAUGACAAACAUUUCCAUAAAGGCUUUUUUACGCAACAUGCAGUUCAAGUUUUCAAUUCCUAUAUUCAGUGCCACCUAGCUGCUCCAGAUGGCACAAGGAAUUUGACUGCCAAUGGUGUGGCCUCUCGUGAGGAGGAAGAAAUAAGUGAACUUCAAGAGGAUGAUCGAGACCAGUUUUCUGAUCAACUGGCCAGUGUAGGAAUGCUAGGAAGAAUUGCUGCAGAACACUGUAUACCUCUUCUGACAAGUUUAUUAGAAGAAAGAGUAACAAGGCUCCACGGUCAAUUACAACAACAUCAGCAACAAUUACUUGCUUCACCAGGUUCAAGCACUAUUGACAACAAAAUGCUCGAUGAUCUCUAUGAAGAUAUUCACUGGCUUAUUUUAGUUACAGGCUACCUCUUAGCUGAUGAUACUCAGGGAGAGACUCCGCUAAUACCUCCAGAAAUAAUGGAAUAUUCCAUUAAGCAUUCAUCUGAAGUUGACAUUAAUACAACACUUCAAAUUUUGGGAUCUCCAGGAGAAAAGGCUUCUUCCAUCCCAGGGUACAACAGAACAGAUUCUGUGAUUAGGCUGUUGUCUGCUGUUCUCAGAGUUUCAGAAGUCGAAUCUCGAGCAAUAAGAGCAGAUCUCACUCACCUACUAAGUCCCCAGAUGGGCAAAGAUAUUGUUUGGUUUUUAAAACGCUGGGCAAAGACUUAUCUCCUGGUGGAUGAAAAACUGUAUGAUCAGAUAAGUCUGCCAUUCAGUACGGCGUUUGGAGCAGAUACAGAGGGUUCUCAGUGGAUAAUUGGCUACCUCUUACAAAAAGUCAUCAGUAACCUCUCAGUCUGGAGUAGUGAGCAGGACCUUGCGAAUGACACUGUGCAGCUGCUUGUCACUUUGGUGGAAAGAAGAGAAAGGGCAAACUUAGUAAUUCAGUGUGAGAACUGGUGGAACUUAGCUAAGCAGUUUGCAAGCCGAAGCCCACCUCUUAAUUUCUUGUCAAGUCCUGUGCAGAGGACAUUGAUGAAGGCUCUAGUCUUAGGAGGUUUUGCACAUAUGGACACGGAAACCAAACAGCAGUACUGGACAGAGGUUCUUCAGCCACUUCAGCAGCGAUUCUUAAGAGUGAUAAACCAAGAAAACUUCCAGCAGAUGUGUCAGCAAGAGGAAGUCAAGCAAGAAAUCACUGCCACACUGGAGGCCCUGUGUGGCAUUGCCGAGGCUACCCAGAUUGACAACGUAGCAAUCCUGUUUAAUUUUUUAAUGGACUUCCUUACCAAUUGCAUUGGGUUGAUGGAAGUUUACAAAAAUACCCCAGAGACUGUCAAUCUCAUUAUAGAAGUUUUUGUUGAAGUUGCACAUAAACAGAUAUGCUAUCUUGGAGAGUCCAAAGCUAUGAACUUAUAUGAAGCCUGCCUUACUUUGUUGCAAGUGUAUUCUAAGAAUAAUUUAGGGCGGCAAAGAAUAGAUGUUACAGCGGAAGAAGAGCAAUACCAAGACCUGCUUCUCAUUAUGGAACUUCUUACUAACCUGCUGUCAAAAGAAUUCAUAGAUUUCAGUGAUACAGAUGAAGUGUUUAGAGGACAUGAGCCAGGUCAAGCAGCAAACAGAUCUGUGUCAGCAGCAGAUGUUGUGUUGUAUGGAGUAAACCUAAUUCUGCCCUUGAUGUCACAGGAUCUCUUGAAGUUUCCAACCCUUUGUAAUCAAUACUACAAAUUAAUCACAUUUAUCUGUGAGAUUUUUCCUGAAAAAAUACCACAGCUUCCUGAGGAUCUGUUUAAAAGUCUGAUGUACUCCCUAGAAUUAGGAAUGACAUCAAUGAGUUCGGAGGUUUGCCAGCUUUGCCUGGAGGCCUUGACACCGUUGGCUGAACAGUGUGCAAAAGCACAAGAAACAGAUUCACCACUUUUUCUAGCAACACGGCACUUUCUUAAGCUGGUUUUUGAUAUGCUGGUUUUGCAAAAGCACAACACAGAGAUGACCACUGCGGCUGGCGAAGCUUUCUACACGUUGGUGUGUUUGCACCAGGCUGAAUAUUCUGAACUGGUUGAAACAUUACUGUCAAGUCAGCAAGACCCAGUUAUUUACCAGAGAUUAGCAGAUGCCUUCAACAAGCUCACUGCAAGCAGCACUCCUCCAACGCUGGAUCGGAAGCAGAAGAUGGCCUUUUUAAAGAGUUUAGAAGAAUUUAUGGCAAAUGUUGGUGGUCUCCUUUGUGUAAAAUAAACAGCAGAACUUUAUGCUUAAUUUAGAUCCUUUCUGCAAAAUGCACUGAAUUGCUGAAAGUUGACUUGAGUCUUGUCCUGUUCCUCAGUUCAUUUGGCCAUUUUGGAUUUUGGAGAGCCUGAAACUUUGAUAUGUAUGUAUGUAUGUAUGUAUGUAUGUAUGUAUGUAUGUAUGUAUGUAUGUAAUGCAGUGAAACAGGAGAGGUCAACUUGGAAUCAGCUUUUGCUGUUAAGUGUUAGCCACAAUCUGUCAUACAUAUGUCUUUUAGAUUUUGAAUGGUGAUUUAAAAUUUUCAAAAUGAAAUUCCAUAUAUGUGCAAACAGAUAUGGGCACCAUGAAAUACAUAUGCAGUGCCUUUUUUCCUUUUAACAUAGGUGGCUAGCCAAAGUUUAGAAUUUUUGUCAUUAAAUAUUAAAUGGAUAUAUAUGCUAGGCAGUGUUUCUGAAAAUCUCCGUAGAGCGCCUGCAUCACUUGAGGAGCUGGUAAAAAGGUAGAUUCUUAGGCCCAACUGUAGACCUUCAGAGUUAGAAGGUCUGGUUGUUGGGCCCAGGAGUCUUCAUGUUAAUAAGCUUCUCCCUUCCAUCACCCCAAAAGUGUGAAAUCAAUGAAAGAGACAUUGAAAACUCUUGAGAGGUUUUGUGCUUUCUAGCUUUUCCUCCCUUUGAUGAUUAGGUUUGUAAUUCAGUAGGGGAAAACAUCACCAGCGGUUUGUUGGCUUUUUCUUAGCUUUUUUUCUUGCUUGUUUGCUUGCUUUCUUGCUUUUCUUGCUUUCUCUCUCUCUCUCUGUCUCUCUCUUUCUUUUCUUUCUCUCUCUCUUACAUCAACCCAGUGUUGCAGGUUUUGUGUAAUACAAGUCACUAGUCAUACUCUGAUGCCUGAACUUGAGGAAUAGAUACAUGUAUAUUUUUGUUCCAUAAAAAUAACCUUAGGAACUGUAGCCAUUUCAUUGCCUUAAUUUUAAGAGGAAAAUACAAAAACCGCUGAUUUGUUUUAGUAAGAAACCAUGUCUUUAUGCUUCAGAGUUGGUUUAGGGUGUUAGCUGCUAUGAACCUGUGCCCCUUUCAAUCGUGUAUUUAUGUAGGUUUAUCAGUGAAAUGAAAGGCUUGUUCCUGUCUAGUCUAACUUUUUGAGUGUGUUUCUAUCCAGCCACAUAGCCCAUAUCUACUCUAAAUGGCUUGCUUAAGCAAUAAUUAUUUUAAAGGAUGUGAAUUACUGAUUCACACAGACUAUUGCACGUUGGGGCAUUAGGGGCAAUAAUUCUUCUCCAGUCAUGGGAGCCACGUGAAUUUAAUUUUAGAGAUUAAAAAUUCACUUUAGAUCCUCUACUUUGGUCUUUUAAUCAGGAUUUUUAUACAGCUGCCAUGCUCCCCUAAUUCAGUGUGCCAGCUUAAAUUAUGGAAAUAAAAGCUAAUUUAUAAACGGCGGCAUAUGAAACUCCACCUACUGCAAUACUUUCACAAUACAGUGACAGGUAGAGGACUCUGGCACAGGUGCACUCAUGAAAAUCGGCUUCCACCAUGUUCCUGACACCUAUCUGCUAAACCAUGCUGCAAAUACAGUUUUUAUACCUGAUUGCAUAUAGCAUAUAUGUCAUUACAUGUGAUGCUGUGCAAAACUUUGUAUAAUUCUGUGCUAUUAACAGUUAACAAAACUGGAGCAUCUAAAUUACAUCCAACCUGUGCAUGUAAUGUUAGGUUGAUGUGAAUGCAGGGCCUUGGGCCAUAGCUUUUUGAGGAACAUGUCUCUCAAUCUGAUCACCAUUGAGUCACAAUUAAGGGGAAGCAAAAACAUCUUGAAAGACUGCUAGGAAGGCAGUUAAUACCAGUCUUCAUGAAGUACAUGUUUCUAUAUUUUAAAAAAUACUUCAAAUGAUGCAUUUAUUUUUAGGUGUUUUUUUUUCCCUUAAAAAACUUGAAGUGAUAUGCAGCAGUAAUCUAUUUGUUUUGCAUUGUUCUUAGUGUUUUGUGUUUCCCAGCUCCCUCAAGCUUUCUCAGCUGUUGUGAAUUAUAUAUAUCUGUGUGUGUGGUGAGUACAGUCUCUUUACCAAAGGGCACUGAAACACACAAUUGACUGGACAGGUCCACAUGCCAUGAGAAAACUAUAAUCAAGUUAUUAAAAAUAAAGAUGAGUGGCAAAGGAAUGCCUUGGUAAGUAAAAAACCAUCUGUAUUUAACAGCUUUUAUUCAGAUGGCAACAUAUUUGCAAAAUUUGCCCAGAUCCUAUUACAAAACUAAAAAUAGAAAAUUUCAUCUCCAUAUUCCUGAGGCGUAAUUUCAUUAGACCAGUUUUAGUUAAAAAAGACCUUCUUCAGAUUGGACCAAAUAACACUUAACGAGAUCACCAGAAUGUUGAAUGUUGGCACACUGGGGUGGGGAGAAGCCACUACCAUUUUUUUAGGUGAUGGGGAUGCCACUGAGUUGCAAUGGCGAGACCUUUUCAGGGUGGUUGUGUGCAUGUCUGCCUGAUCGGAUGUUUGUUCACUUUGUGUCUUCUUUUAUUUUGUCCAAUUUUGUCUUUAGCUAUGUUUAUUAACUUCUCUCGUCUUGUUUUGUUUUAAUGCUCUUGGCCCAGUGGGUAUCAAGAACACUGGCUUAAUUCUAAUCAGUUGAUUUUUUUUUUUCUAUUAAAACUGACUAAGUUGUUAAAACAUUUUUUAAAACAAAAACAUUAUUUGUGCCCUCUUUUAUUUAUGUUAAAGGGACACUGUCAAGUAUUUCAUUUUUAAAUUUUUGUUUUAUAAAAUUUCUGUUGUUCAUGUAGUAUCCUUUAACCUCUUGUUUUCCAGACGUUCUUUGUUUAUUUCUUAUUUUCCUUGACCCAUUUGUUUCCCAAAGCGCAAUCACUAUAAAGACUUUGUACUUCCACAGUCUGAUAAUAUAGUAGCACCUAUAACUGUGUUUUUGUUCUGUUAAAAAGAUUGAUUUGCUUUUAUGGUCCUCGAGCUGGAUGGGUGGCUGCCUCAGUAGCAAAACUACUUGACAGUAUUUGACAGUGUCCUUUCCAACACUGUCAUUUGGGUCUUUCCGGCUGGCCAUCUCUGUUGGAAAACAGCUGCAUCAAGUGUUUGUCUGGUAUAAAGUGUGACUGACAUUUAAUGUAAACAAACUGCAGGUUUUUUUCAAACUAAUUUUAAGAAUUUAGUCUUAUUUCAUUGUAAACUGUAUAAUAUUAUAUUACUUUGUUAGAUGAGAUGGUUACUACUACUUUUCCACGAUUUUCAUUUCAAAAGUAAGUAUCUAUAUAAUUUCCCCCCAAGUCAGCAUUAUUUAACCCUCCCCUUAACUGUCUUGGAACUUUCUCUUUUACCAAAAAUGUCAGGUCUUUAUAGUUGUAAAUCACCAUGUUUCCCAUUUCUGUUAAUACUUCUAUGAACCCCUCAAGUAUUGAAGGGAACUAGCUAUAAGCUUCAAGGAUUACAAGUUUGAGUCUCCUAGUAAUCAGCAUCAUUCUGAACCCUGAAAUGAUAUUUUUUUCUGUUAGAAUUUUUAUCUGUUUGCCAUCUCUGUUGUUAGAGAUGGUUGUCAAUAGACCUUACUAAGUUAGCUGUCUUUGAUGAAGAAUUAUUGUUAUUGGUUCCUGAAUAAAAUAUUAACCUUUUAAGUCAGAAGGAACCUUAGUACUUCUUAGGGUUUCAUUUUGUUUUUUUUUAAACCAGAGAAUAAGGAACUGAUUUGAGGUUUAACAUUAUAAUUUUCUAUAAGUUUUCCCACAAAACAACAUAGUUGAUUUGAGGAUAUAAGUUUUUAAAUUAUUUUUAAAUGUAAGUGAAUAUUCUCUGACUUGGUAACUAUGUUCUGAAAACACUGCAUUUAAUAAUUUUAAAAAAUUUAUUUUCUAAAAUUAAAAUGUCCAAAUUAGGCAUAUUGCUGAGCUCAAAUUGAUUUGAAGUGCCAUGGUUCCAGUUAAACUUUAAGCAUAUUUUCAUUUAGAUAUAAAAAAUGUGAAGUAUGCCUGGUUGACUAUAAUGAGAACCCAUGACAUAGUUAGCCAAAUAAUAUGUUUGGUUCAAAUAAAACUAGAAGUUUAAUACUGGGCAUUCAUUCUUUUUAAAGAGGAUGAAUGAAGAAAUCGGUUUCCUGCUGUAGUGUUCUAUGGGUAAGUCUUAGUGAAGAUCGGAACACUGAAGUCAGCUGUGGCGAUUCCCUCCUAGGAAUUAAGAGGUUUAGUUUGCCCAUUACCCACUUGAAACUCACAUCUUUACCCUCCUCUCUCACUGUGGUUUGCUCUUCACCUAUUCCAGGCCCUCCCAGCAAUUGGAGAGGUGUUUUUUGUUUUGUUUUGUUUUUGUUUUCCCCCGGUCUGCAUUCUUAGGCCUCUUAGCUAUUAGGAACUGUCAGAUACAUACUAGUAGCUAAUUUUCCUAGCCUGAAAUUACUGCAUCUGCACUAUGUACCUACUGGGGAUCUGACCUCAAGUGUUUUCUGAGCCCAGGCUUCCUGGUGUGGUGUCUUUUACCACAUAAAAUUAUUUCAAAUUGCAAAUGUUGGUAUUGUGAUUUGAUUCUCUGUACAAAGAAAGAAGUUCUAUGCAGUGAGUUUGUGGUUUAAUGGUCACAAAAAUGUUAGCACUGCUACCACUCAGCACGUGUACAAUUUUUUAAAUUUAUAAAUAUUAAAAUUUUAAACUUGCA